UUGCAGCACGAGCGUGCGAAGCUCGAGACAGAAGCAGCAGACUGGUAUCGGGCAGCUGCCAUACAGGGGCAUGCUGAGGCUCAGUACCGGCUAGGAAUGUACUACCUGGAGGGGCGAGGAGUGAGAAGAAGCACGCGAGAAGCUGUUCGGUUCCUUGAGAGGGCGGGAGAGACGGUUGCCGCUGCCGCGCUGCUCCUGGGACGGCUGUACGCAGAUGGGAGUUUGGUGGAGAAGAACGUGGUGAUGGCCAUCGGAUGGCUGAGGAAGGCACAAGAUCUGGGGCAUCCAGGAGCGGAGAAGGAGCUCAAGUCAAGAUUCCAGCAGGAGGUUGCGGGCAGGAGGCUCAAGGUGGGGUUGCUGCAGCAGCAGGCGGCCAGCGGUGACGUUGAUGCUAAGUGCAAGUUGGCGGCACUUCACUUCGAGGGGCAGGGGGUGCAGAAGGACGAGCCGAAAGCCUUCCAGCUGUACAAGGAGGCAGCAGUUGGCGGGCAGCUAGAGGCUAUGUGCUGUGUGGGGCUGUGCUACCUGAGUGGGAGGGGAGUGAAAAGUAGCGUCGAAGAGGGGAAGCGGUGGGUCAUGCGAGCCGCGUACCUGGGGCAUGGUAUCGCACAGCUGGAGUUGGCGGAGAUGUAUGAG